AUGACUACCUCUCUCGAUCACCUCAAGCAAACCGGCACCGUUGUCGUCUCCGACUCCGGUGACUUCGAGUCAAUCGACGUGUACAAGCCCCAGGAUGCCACCACCAACCCCUCGCUCAUUCUAGCGGCGGCGGGCAAGCCGGGCUACGCCCGUCUCAUCGACGCGGCCGUGAAGUACGGCAAAGACAAGGGUGGUGACCUCGAGAACCAGACGAGCGCGGCUAUGGACCGUCUGCUCGUCGAGUUCGGCAAGGAGAUCCUCAAGAUCAUCCCUGGCCGUGUAUCGACCGAGGUCGAUGCCCGUCUGUCCUUCGACAAGGAGGGUACGAAGAAGAAGGCGAAAGAGCUCAUCGCGCUCUACGACUCGGUCGGGAUCAAGCGUGAGCGUAUCCUGAUCAAGAUCGCAUCGACCUGGGAGGGUAUCCAGGCUGCGCGGGAGCUCGAGCGUGACGACGGCAUCCACUGCAACCUCACCCUUCUGUUCGGCUUCGGCCAGGCUGUUGCCUGCGCUGAGGCGGGCGUCACGCUCAUCUCGCCCUUCGUCGGCCGUAUCCUCGACUGGCACAAGAAGGCAACACCGGGUAAGGACUUCGAGGGCGACAACGACCCGGGCGUGCAGUCCGUGAAGAAGAUCUUCAACUACUACAAGCAGCACCACUACAAGACGAUCGUCAUGGGCGCGUCCUUCCGCAACGUCGGCGAGAUCAAGGCGCUCGCGGGCGUCGACUUCCUCACCAUCGCGCCCAAGCUGCUCGAGGAGCUCAAGAACGACACCACGCCCGUCCCGAAGAAGCUCGACUCGCACGCGGCCGCGCAGGGCCAGCCCCUCGCGAAGGUCACGUACAUCGACGACGAGCCCGAGUUCCGCUGGACGCUCCUCGAGGACCAGAUGGCGUUCGACAAGCUCCACGAGGGCAUCAAGAAGUUCGCGGAGGACGGCCAGGCGCUGAAGGACCUCCUUCGCGGGAAGCUCUCGGCUUGA